GCGUAACACGCUCUCUAAGUCUGUGCAUGGUCAUUGGUCAGUUUGUUUCUUGUGCCUCAAGUAAACCCUAAGCAUUAAUACUUGCUACUUGCUAUGCGCGUUUCAAUCUGAAGAAGAUGAUGGCUUUGGAGGAUCUCCAAUACUUGUCGCUCCUUUCUAAGGUUUGCACCGAGUUGGAGUCCCACACCGGCACCGCCGACAAGGUCCUCGCCGAAUUCAUCACCGAUUUGGCCAGCUCAUCGGAGAACCUUCAGGAAUUCAACGCCAAGCUCAACGACAACGGUGCCGACAUGCCUGAUUACCUUGUCCGAACUCUCUUCACCAUUAUUCGCUCCGUUCUUUUCCCCAACCCUACAAGCAACCACCUCAAACACUGCGCCAACUUCGUCCACGAUGGCGAGAGCUCCCAGUUGAGGAUCAUUCCGCAGGAUGCAACGGCUCUUUCGGGCAUCAGUAUUGUUGAAAAAGAUGACGUUUCUUCUUCGCUGAAGAAGACAAUGAACUCUCCGGAAAUAUGGGAGGCAAAACAGUUGAUUGCUUCCGGUUUCUUGAAUGUAGAGGAGAGAGAUGAAUUCAUAUAUCAAGAAGAAGAAGAUGCUGAAGAGGAUCUUGAGAUCGAGUUGAAUCAGGAUGAACCUGCAUUCUUGCAAGGCCAGACUAAAUACUCAGUGGAUAUGUCUCCUGUUAGGAUUUUCAAGAAUCCAGAAGGUUCUCUGAGUCGUGCCGCUGCACUCCAGUCUGCACUUACAAAGGAGCGCAGGGAAGUGCGAGAACAACAACACCGUACAGUGUUUGAUUCAAUUCCAAAGGAUCUCAAUCGCCCUUGGGAAGACCCUAUGCCGGAGACAGGCGAAAGAUACCUUGCUCAUGAGCUUCGGGGUGUUGGCUUAUCCGCCUAUGAUAUGCCGGAAUGGAAGAAAGAGGCCUAUGGGAAAACCAUUACCUUUGGGCGGAAGUCAAAGCUUUCUAUUCAGGAGCAGAGGCAGAGUUUGCCGAUUUACAAGUUAAAGAAGGAAUUGAUUCAGGCUGUGCAUGAUAAUCAGGUGUUGGUAGUGAUUGGAGAAACCGGUUCUGGGAAGACUACUCAGGUUACCCAAUAUCUCGCUGAAGCGGGGUACACCACAAAGGGCAAAAUUGGAUGUACUCAACCCCGCAGGGUGGCUGCGACGUCGGUUGCAAAGAGGGUUGCAGAAGAGUUUGGUUGUCGAUUGGGAGAGGAAGUUGGUUAUUCCAUUCAGUUUGAGAAUUGCACUGGACCGGAUACCGUCAUCAAGUACAUGACAGAUGGUAUGCUCCUUAGGGAAAUAUUGGUUGAUGAGAAUCUGUCACAGUAUUCUGUUAUAAUGCUUGAUGAAGCCCACGAGAGAACUAUUUAUACUGAUCUUCUUUUUGGACUGCUGAAGCAGCUUGUGAAGCGUAGACCUGAGCUGAGAUUGAUUGUCACGUCUGCUACUCUAAAUGCUGAAAAAUUUUCAGAAUAUUUCUUUGACUGUAACAUCUUCACCAUUCCUGGUAGAAUGUUUCCUGUGGAGAUACUUUAUGCUAAACAGCCUGAAAGUGAUUACUUGGAUGCAGCCUUAAUCACUGUUCUACAGAUACAUUUGACAGAACCUGAAGGAGACAUUCUCCUCUUCUUGACUGGUCAAGAAGAGAUUGAUUUUGCUUGCCAAUCACUCCAUGAGAGAAUGAAGGGAUUAGGUAAGAAUGUUCCGGAGCUGAUCAUUUUACCGGUUUAUAGUGCCCUUCCAAGUGAAAUGCAGUCUAGGAUAUUUGAACCUGCUCCUCCUGGGAAAAGGAAAGUGGUUGUGGCUACUAACAUUGCUGAGGCUUCUUUGACUAUCGAUGGUAUAUUUUAUGUAAUUGAUCCUGGAUUUGCUAAGCAAAAUGUUUAUAACCCAAAGCAAGGUCUUGAUUCUUUGGUGAUAACUCCAAUUUCACAAGCAUCAGCCAAACAAAGAGCGGGACGUGCAGGGCGUACUGGACCUGGGAAGUGUUAUCGCCUCUAUACUGAGAGUGCAUAUAGGAAUGAGAUGUCUCCCACUACAAUUCCAGAGAUUCAAAGGGUAAAUAUGGCAACAACUACUCUCAAUAUGAAAGCUAUGGGCAUAAACGAUCUACUGUCCUUUGAUUUUAUGGAUUCACCAUCAACCCAAGCACUUAUUUCUGCCAUGGGGCAGCUUUACAGUCUUGGAGCAUUGGAUGAAGAGGGCCUUUUAACCAAAUUGGGGAGGAAAAUGGCAGAAUUUCCUUUGGAUCCGCCAUUGUCCAAGAUGCUGCUUGCCAGUGUGGAACUUGGCUGCAGUGAUGAGAUUUUAACCAUAAUUUCCAUGAUCCAAACUGGCAAUAUUUUUCACAGGCCUAGGGAAAAACAAGCCCAAGCAGAUCAGAAGAGGGCAAAGUUUUUCCAGCCUGAAGGUGACCAUCUUACACUACUUGCUAUUUAUGAGGCUUGGAAAGCUAAGAAUUUUUCUGGGCCGUGGUGUUUUGAGAACUUUGUUCAAUCCCGAUCGUUAAGAAGAGCACAGGAUGUCAGGAAACAGCUUCUCACCAUCAUGGAUAAGUACAAAUUGGAGGUUGUAAGUGCUGGAAAUAACCUCACCAAAGUCAGGAAGGCUAUCACUGCAGGAUUCUUUUUCCAUGUUGCUAGAAAGGACCCUCGGGAAGGUUACAGGACUCUAGUUGAGAACCAGCCUGUAUAUAUCCAUCCAAGUUCAGCUUUGUUCCAGAGACAGCCAGACUGGGUCAUCUACCACGAGCUUGUGAUGACAAGUAAGGAAUAUAUGCGUGAGGUCACUGUCAUAGACCCCAAAUGGCUUGUUGAAUUGGCUCCAAAAUUCUUCAAAGUGGCAGAUCCUACGAAGAUGAGCAAGCGAAAGCGCCAAGAGUGUUUAGAACCACUUUACGAUAGAUACCAUGAGCCAAAUUCAUGGCGUUUGAGUAAGCGCCGUGCAUGAAAUGUUAUAUAUUGCAUUUAGUUUUAAAUGUACUUUUCUUCUUAUCCAUAAACAAGAUUGUUGUCCAUAACUACAUUUGUUUUCUGUUUACUGAGAGAGAUAUAUGUAUAUGUGAAAAAUGAGCUGAGGAAAUCUAAUGAACCUGGAGAGUGAUGUUUUCCAAUAUGUUUUGAUGUAGUUUUGGUAUGAAAAUGAAAUACCCAUGCUAAAAAUUCACAUAGGACUAUAGGGCAUUAGAAGUUAGUUGUGUGUACUGCUGUCCCUGAUAUCCUGAGAUCAGUAUGGCUUAUUUUCUGCUAAAAUGCUCAAAUUUAGGAGUGAAUAUUUAUCAAUUAUGCAUGAUGCUGUAUGACAAAGGUAUGGUUGAAUCUUGUUCUGUAGCAUGUGAGAGUGUACGGAACCUUGUGAAAACCAUCCAGAUAAGAAUGGCUAAAGUGAGUGUUAUUUAACAAAAUCAAGAAUUGAAAAUGAAUCCUGGUAGAGAGUAUCAUUUCUACCUUGGCUUUCUUUAUCUCUGGUCAGGACUCAGAAGAUCGUCACCUAUAUCGGUUCAUACGAAGAAAGAAAGGUUCAGCUCAUCGUCAACUAUGUGCACUAAGCUAUAGUGAUCAAAUGAAAUGCGUCAAUAUUUUAGUGCGACCAACACCUGAAAAGUGAGGGCUUUGUUUUGUUGUCCUCCAAGUUACUGGAUGUUUGUAUUGGAACAAAUGCAUGUAUCAUUAUUUUAACUUGUAUAUCGGAUUUUUUUUUUAAUAUACAAUGUACUCUACAUUUGUCA